AGUUUGUCACAACCCGCUUUUCUUGACUGCUACUUCUGGCUUCCUCAAAGUAUCAUAGUCUCAGCACUCUUCUAUCACUUUCUUGAAAACUUGCAAUUUUCAAUUCCAAAGCUCUCUCUCUCUCUCUCAAAUGGCAGCCUUUUCAUAUCAACACUACCCUUUUCAUCUUGACUCCGUUUUUCUGCCAAGCACUUCCUUUAAGAAUCUGUCUGGCUUUAUGGAGGAAGGGAGCAUCAAUACCAACUGUUUUUCCCAAUUUUACCCUCCUGAACUUCCCCUUCAAACUCCUCUUGAUGUUAGUUUUCAUGACACUAGUCGUCUUGAUCACAGCUCUAUGCUUGCUCUUAGUGAUAAUGAAACUUCUGUGACCAAGAAACAGAGCACAGACUCCUCCACCGUGGUGGACAAGCUUGAAAGCGGCGAGCAAGUUACACAGAAGCUGCCUCCUAUGGACAAGAAGAGGAAGCGUGCAAAUGAGUCAUCUUUGAAUUCUGCUCAAUCAAAGGAUGCUAGAGAUGCAAGAAGCAAGAAACAAAAGAAAUGCAAUAGUGAACUGAAAGAAGAAGAGAAGAGGCCUAAAGCUGAGAAGAAAGUUCCUGAAGAACCCCCAACAGGCUACAUUCAUGUAAGAGCAAGGCGGGGCCAAGCAACAGACAGCCACAGUCUUGCAGAGAGGGUGAGAAGAGAGAAAAUCAGUGAGAGGAUGAAGAUUUUACAGCGUCUUGUUCCUGGCUGUGACAAGGUAACUGGAAAAGCCCUCAUGUUGGAUGAAAUUAUUAAUUAUGUCCAAUCUCUGCAGAAUCAAGUGGAGUUCCUGUCUAUGAAGCUUGCUUCUGUUAAUCCUUUGUUCUAUGACUUUGGAAUGGAUCUAGAUGCAAUGAUUGUCAGACCAGAGGGAUUGAGUAGCUUGGCAUCAUCACUGCCACCUAUGCAACAAUGCACCCCUACACAGCCCACAGGUAUUGCUGAUGCAGCCACAGCAAACACCCCCACCCCCACCCCCACCUUUGCGUAUCCUCUCUUUGAUAGUUCGGCAGGAUCACUUUUAACUCAAGGGCAAGGAGAAUUCAUUCAUCAGGAUAAUGGUAGUCUAUUGUGGGACGUAGAUGAACAAAGACAAAAGUUUCUUAAUCCAUCUGGGUUCAGCAACAACUUGUGUUCUUUCCAUUAAAAUAAUACCAGAUAGCUGCCCUACAAACAUCUGCAAUGGGGAUCGAUGUCAAUGCCAGAGAGAAAGAAACAAAGACAUGAUAAAAGUCAAAAAGUAGGAAGCUUCAGCAAAUUGUUGUUGCAAGUGAUCCCAUGUAGAAGGCUUCUGCUUCGGCUUCUGCUACUUUUCAAUCAAAAGCUCUGGUUCCAUGUUCAAUAACAGUAAAAAAGUGGUUAAAAUAAAGGGGCAGCAAAAUCAAUGCAUGAAGAUCACAAAGGCAUAUAAUACAACCGACCAAUAAGACCACAGAUCUUUCCCUAGAUUCCUUGUUCCCGUCCCAACUCUCGCCUUCCUCUACACAAAUACCAAGACCUCUCGCUGUUUGCUGGUUAAUCCUCUAGCUCUAGGAUUUAACUAUUUUACAUGUAAAGUUAUUGUAUUGGAAUUUAAUUUUUUUUUUGCUACAGUUAUUCUGUUAUUACAGUUAUUUUACUGUUGCAUCCUGCCUCUUGGGUUGGAGAGAUGGGUUAUGGAGAUGCUUUCACUGUAAUUGACGUUGACUAGUUAUGCAAUUCCUGUGGUUAGCGUUGGCUUAUUAAUUCUUGCAGU